CCGCCGACCCACCUGUCACCCCGGCGGCCUCUCCCACCCCGGGCGCUCCGGAGCGGCGGCCCGACGCCCUCUGCUUUUGCCUCUGGUUCCCUCAUCCCAGCAGGGCGUUUCCGUUUGCAGCAACCGUACGUAUUUCAAAACUUAGUUAUUUAUAUAAACGUGUACUUGCAGCUGCAGCUGUAUUUCUUUAUAGCGACCACCUCACCAGUGCAGAUAACCCUGCGCUGGUUAGUUCAUCCAAACUGAACAGCUGCCUACAGUCACCUUGUGCAGGUUUUGAUUUCUCUGUAUAACUGUUUAUGCCUUGUAAAGUAUCACCUGCCUGGCACAAGAAACCCACUUAAGAUGCUCACUAAAAUGUUCAGUUUUAUUUUGUUUCUUCCCUCUCAUCCUGCACUGCCUGCCCUGGUAAUACCAAUAAAAGAAAUUUUGACUCCCAGUGUGAUAUUACUUAGGCCCCAUAUUUCAAACGCUGCAGACACGUUGGUUAGCUUGGCUCUGCCAUCCCACUGGCACCUUUCCUUCACUUUCUGCCAGUCAAUAAACAAGCCCUCCUCCCUUAUGACAAUGUUUGCAGAACCAGGGUCUCGGUGCUACACCUGGACCAUUGCAAAUGCAGAUGGGUGUUACACAACCUGCUGCUUUUAAACUUGUCACUGGCAGUUGUUGAUUCCUGCUCAGGCUCACAUCCUUCUAGCUGAGAUUUGCAAGCAGUUUGUCAGAGGUUAAAAAAGUCUUCACAACACGUCCCCAAAUGCUAGAAAGCUCCUACUUGAAAAGCUAAUACACUGCUUUUGAUUUUCAUCAAUCUUACCUUUUAAGGAGACUUUUGGUUCACAGAUAAAAGCAAAAGCCACUGCUUGGCAUCAGAAGGUCUCACGUUAGCACAGCUUUUACAGAACCAUGUUGCAGUAUAAGACAACUGACAGUCAUCCAGUGUCUCAGGGAAAGGACAGUGCAUAGUUGCUUUUUGACAGUACAGCUCCAUGUCUUUUAUGAAUCCAAAAGAAAAAUCAUCUGCCCCAAACCCUCAGCAGCUCAGCUGAAAUGGCUGAUGCCCUGGGCAACAGGGCUUAGUUAACUCUUGGAGGGCUCUUAUCAUUUGGAGGUGGAGCACAAACAUGCAUGUCCCAGCACUGCUUUAGCUCUCCGCAUGUCCUGUCCCCUGUAUGAUGAUGGUGUGUGAACUGGAGGAGGAAAUACUUCUAGCCUCCUUUGUUCUUCUGAGCAGGCAAGUUGUGGAAGUGCCCUUGUUUUACCAAGAGGGCAUUAGUUCUCUGGGGUGGAAAAGCACAUGGUAACAUCAGAUAUAGAUGGUGGAGUUACAGCCAGAAUGAAGCAUCUCUGUAUGUUGAUAUUUAUCUUUUCUGCUGUAACAACCAUUUAGCAGAGGUAAAACUAGUCAGGGAAUGCUCCUCCAAAAACAGUGAAUUGCAUGAAUCAUGUUGCUGCACUUUUGUACCAGCACAGGGAGGCACCCAGGCACUGUCUUUUCUGACUGGCACGAACACAGAAAAAUGAUUUGUCUCUUUACAACAGAAAAGGUCAGACCCAUCACAGUGCAUUUGUUUGUAUAUAUGAUUAGCCAUCCCAAAUUAUCACAACGACUAUCAUCAUCAUGUGGGAUCCUGAUAUUUUUAAAAUGGAUGUCAGCUUGGCCCUUUUUAAGUUCCUUUAAUAAUUUAAACUUGCUUGAGUAUCCUUCUAUCUUCAGUUACAAGCGACUUGCAAAAAGCGUGACCUAAACAGCCGCAGAAAUCUCUGAUAUUUUUUCAUACUUAAAAGUAGAAACUGCAUCUCCCAUUAAAAUAAACGUCCCUCAUAACCCAUUCCUCUAACAUCAUGGAAACCUGCUGGCUGUCACACUUGGCAGCUGAGCAGCUGCUCUCUCUGCUAUGCCGGUGCUGGUCACCAGCAGCUACUACAGUUGCCAGAAGCUGUCAAGUAAGUACAAAUGCAGAGGGAAGUGGCAGCAUGAGCUUGUGCUGUUGGUUGCAAAACAGCCUGCUGGUAUAGAGUAUCAAAGGAGGGCCAGAGGUUCCUCGGAGAUAAAAGGAGAUCUACAGCCAGGAAUAAAUGGUUAAAAAAACACAGAACACACACACACAAACACAUUUUAAAUAACAUAUUCGAUCUAGAGCCUCACAGAAAAAAAUAAAAAAGUCAUUUUGCCAGUUCCUUUGCAGAAGGAAGUACAAAUGAAAGAUACAGUCCAGUAAAUGGCUGUAUUGAGUAGCAAGCGUGGCAGUGGUUUGGCUUCCUAAGCCUCUAGCAAUGUUCACACUAGAGGAAAUAGAAAAGGGCAUGUUCUUGUCUGCAAAACCAAACAGAAGUAAAGAUGUAUGAGUUGACAGAUGCUUAGCAUGCCUCUCCUGGUGCUUCUCUCAGAAAAGGUACCCUAAUUUCCUGGUUGACAGUUAAAUUUUAUGUCUGCUGAACAAGAGUGGUUAGUGCUCUUAAGUCCUGAAGUAGCAAAACAUACUGAAGUUAGUGGAUGUCAGCAUAGUCUUUCCUUUGCUGAACAGGUGAUGCUGGUUGCACAGAGGUCUGAAUGCAGACUAUGGUAACCUUUAGCUGAUUAAUGUAUUCAUUUUCUUUCCAGUAGAUUGCACAAGUAUAUUUUAGUAUUCAUAAUUGCACAGAUGGAAAAGGCUAAUCUGUUUUGCCACUGAGUGAUCUCUAUGUCUUAGGGGAUCAGAAAAGUUCAUAACUUCUUUAUAUAAUACUGGGUUGUUAAAUAGUAUUUUACUAUAUAAAAAUCGAUAUUUACUUAGGCUUUAUUCCACACAAGUAGCAGGAUUCUCAAGACUGAUAUAAUCACAGCUUUUAGUUGCCAUUAUUAGUUUUACAUGCUUUGUUUUCCCAACAGAGCAGCUGGGAUAUUGUAUAAGCAAUUCACAUUAACACUGGCAGCAAUCCAAAUAUGACCUGCCAUCAAGCCUUGGCAGACAAAAAAAAAAAAAUGUCCAAAAGAGCCAAAAUAGAAAGAGACUUCAAAAGCUAUGCCUGUAUAUAUGGAAGUAGACAGGUAUAGCAGUGGCCGCACUUAGAAAUGGCUGGAGGUAAGCCAGCUGUGGUCUGGAAGCUAUCUAGCUGAGACAGCUAUCCUGCCUGUUGAGAAAUUUUGGAGUCGGCACAGAGCCACAUUAAUGUGACUGCAUAGUUUCCAGACUGCUACUUUCAUCGCAUCUAGCUUGCCAGGAAGCUAGUGGGAAUCACCAGUGAGUAGCUUUAGGAAGAAACCAAUGGACAAGACCACUGUGCCAGCACAGCCUUUUCCCCAGCCAGACCAGGAUGGUACCUGAGUACUAAAGGCUACUUAUGAAGAAAAAUUCCUAUAGCAAGUGGAACAUUGAGAGGGAGGGGCAGUAAAACUCCCUCCAGGCCUCCUACAUAAAGAUAGAUACUGCUAUGACUGCAGGGGACAUUUAGGAAUAAUGGCAUUUAUUUGAGCCCUGUGUGUUGCUUAGCAGGUCUCUGGUUCCAUCCAGAAAAAUGAGAUCAGUGGUGCUGACCGUAUGCUACUCUGACUCACCCCAGGGUUUUCCAGAGGGGUGGGCAGUGGGACUGUUAAAUCACCUCCCACCGUCUAAGGAAAGAUCUAUAAAAAAGCAGUUGUGGCAGCAGGGGUGUCUGUUGGGGUAGGAUCUGCUGGAAGGAGUCCUGGGCAGAGCUGCUGCACGUGACCUGUUGCUACAGCAAUCAGUGGCCCCUUUAGGUAGGAUGGAGGUUCCCUGGGUGGAGACUUAGAUCAAUUCUCAUACCUUCAGCCACCUGUUCACAGAAAAAUGAACAAGAAUGUACUGAGAGUGCAGAAUUAAAAAAAAACCCAAACAAACACCAAGCUGUAUUAUUUUAAACGGAAUCUGUAAAACAAUAUAUAGAUAAUUUUUCAUUACAAAAGAAGAACAUCUAUUUUGAGGAACUUAUCUUGAAUAAUUUAAUUCUGCUUCCAGCAGAAAAUGGGAGACUUUCUCUUGUUACUUUGCCCUUAUUUCUACUUUUCUUAAAUUUCCUGGAGAGCUGAGUGGAAGUGAAGAAAUGGCUACAGAAACAAUUGCUGAGGAUUAAACAGAUGGAAACAAGCGAGUAGACUACCAAUCGAUUUAAUUUCUCCAUGUUUGUGGACUUGAUCACUGGAGGGCAGUUAAACGAGAAAGGAGGACUAAGGCAUUAUUUUAAUAGAAAUCAAAUACCUGAACAGUUACAAAUACCGUGGUAAAACACAGUAGACCAGAACAGAAAGCUUAUACUAAAGCAGUUGCCUUGCAAGUCAUGUCUAAGAAGAUGAAGUACCUUUAAAGGUAUUCAAGCUGACAGGAAUGGGGAGGCAGCAAAUUAGUCCCAUCUACCUCAGUCAUUUCCUUCUCUAUUGAAUCCAUUCUGAGUUACCAGCUAAGGAUUUCAGAUAGUAUGGACAAAAGGACUGGACUUCUUAAGCUGUAUGUCACAGCUAUGACUAAAUAAGUAAGCUUAGGUUUGAGGUUUUGUUCUUUUAAUGAAACAAAACCCAUUUCCAGAGGAAAGUAGAGAAAAAUGUAGUAUUAACACUGCUUUAUUCUUAUACUGACUAUAAAGUAUUUUUUUAUCUCAUGAAUAUCAACUGCUUUCUUGUUAGCAGUAGUAACGCUGACUGUUGUAAGUCUUGAGAAGAGACAUUAGCAACAAUUUCCUAAAUGGAAUAGAAGUGACCAAGCACUUUAGUGGAACGGGAGAUCCCUUAGGUAAAAGAAAAUACUUGACAAUUUUCCCUUAUUUCUGAAGAACGGAAUGCACUCUGUACUUCAAAAUGAGCAGUUAGGUCAGAGAAAUGGGAGGCAGGGUAUAAAUACAGCAGAACACUUUCCCUUGGAUAUUUUGCAGGAGGGAACUGAAACUUUAUAUUUAGCCAAGAUGCAAAAAAGUAUUAUUGGUAUUUCAAGAAUGGCUUUCAUACAAACAUUUCUUUUCUAAUCAUCCCACCUUCAGGAUAUCCCAAUGUUAAUUGUACUUGGAGGAGGCAGCGUAAACUGGAUGCCUAGAAAGGUCAUUUACUUGUUUUCCUGGCUUGGUUAUGAGCACAAAAAGAGGCUUUCUUUACUCAGUAUACAAACAUACUGAACAGCUUUCAUUUUGCCUGUAAAGGGCUUAAAAAGAGCUGUGUGGAGAGAAGUUCCCAUUUUGCAAAGGGUUUUGACAUUUUAGAAUCUGUUUUCAUUCUGAACUGGAGGAAAAAUACCCCAAUAUAUGGAAGUUAGUGACAGUAAAUUCCACUUUGUCCACGGUUUGCUCCCAUGAGCUAAAAAAAUAUUUUGAAUUCUUAAAAGUGUGUCUGGUAGUAUAUAUUGCAGAAUAAUAAAAAGGCCUGAAAUGUUUAUUCCCAAAUAAGAAGUCUCUUUUAGAUAUUACUUUAAUUCCUAAUCCCAGUUUUCUUCCAAAAGGCUGGUGAAAUCACCCUGGUUUCUAUUCAAGUUUCAGGAGGAAGAGAGCUGGUUUCAUGUUUUUUCCUGAGAACUCCAGUUUACACUUUGCUAGUAUCUGAUACUGACCAUGGAGUACUCUAGACUGUGGUUUUAGCUUUUAUAAGGAGAAAGAUGUAAAUGACUGUCUUCUAAGAGAUAACAAAAUAUUUCCCUACAGAUUCCUGUUCUUUAAAUUCCUGUCAAAAGACAUAAUCUUGCCCGGGUCUGCCCUACCAAAAGCCAUAAAUGGUCAUUUGCAUCUCUAAUUUAGCCCAGAGCAAAACUCAAACUGACUUGAGUGCCCAAGGACUGGCCCUCACAAAGUGCUGUCAGUAAUCACUGAACAGUAUGUGAAGUGAGGAAACCACACUGCGAAUCAGGCAAAUUACCUUCACUCUUCCUAUUAAUUCUGAAUUUGUUAAUUUUUUAAUUUGAAAAGGCGGCUCCCUAGAGCCACAUUGCUGGCAGGGUGGAGAGAAGCUGGUUCACAGGGGCAUUGCCCCUGGAAGAAGGAUGCAUGGUAGAACAGGGGCAUAGAGCAGGGGGCUCCUAGAGGGCAGGAAUGCUGGAGUGCACCCUGCAUCAAUUAAGAAGCAUGCUGCCUUUACCACAUCAGUGGUGAUGUGUGCACCCUGCUGUAUUUUUAUCACCCCUUUGAAGCAAGAGACUGAUUGCAAUAUAAAGGCAAACAAAUAGUACUGUUGUUUCUAAUGUUCACUGUGCAACGUGUGUUUUCAAAGCUUAAUCAGUGCUGGAAGGAGCCCCCAAGGCCAGGCCUGGCACAGCAUUUUUCUUGCAAAACCUCAGCACUGCCAAAAGUCUCCCAUUUCCUAACACAAGGUAAAGUCCAAAGAGAGCCAGGAGUGUAGCAGGCCUUAGAAGUGCCUUUUGGCCAUUCCUCCCUAUGGAGGAGCACUCUGGCUAAAUUCAAAGUGAGGACCUGCAAAGCAGGAUAAAGGGCUGUCCAGGGCUGUCCUUUCCUGCAGGAGUAAACUUACAGGGUCCUGUGCCUAGCAGUCUUUUUCUUUGCUGUAUCACUGUCUGCCUCUGUUUGUAGACACCUCUAGCAGCAACAGCUUUGGGUUUCUCUGAAGUUUUCUGUCCCUCCAGGACUUCUGCUCAAAUGGCAAACCAGGAGCUUCUCCAGGGUAGCUUGCAGCUGCAGCAGCUGCUGCCCUCUCCUGCCAGGGUGAUUGACAGUCGGUGCCAGCAGCUGCCAGCUGAGCCAGCAGUAAGAGCAGAGCAGAUGAUCAGCACAUCCACUGACUCUCUCAGGCCUCUUGCUGAAUGAAGUUUAUAUGCAAGAUCAGAGUGACCUUAAGAAUAUUUAUGUUAUUAUGUUGGUCCUUUGACGGAAAAGGAAAAAGAACAAGAAAAUGAGGAUGAUAGCAACCUUUCUUUCAAUAAUAACAUACUUAAAUCUUAACUUUAAUCUGACAUUGAAACAAACCCAAAUGCAACUGGAAGACCAGAACCUACAAAACAUAUGCUCCUUGUCAUUAAUUAUAUGCAUCUGUAUAAGCUGUAGUUGUCCUCACAAGACUGUAACUGGGUAUAUAAAACUUUAAAUGAUGCUUCCCUCAUUUAGGUCAAACAAUGUGAUCCUGACAUACAGAGGUUUGUGCAAUCUGCCACUUCUAGGUUCAGAGCAGUGUAAAUCUUAUGAAGAAAUCGUUCUUGGCUGUUUCCCAAGAAAAGUGAACUCUUCCUCCUUCAGACCCUUUCCUCCUUUAGGACUUUGAAACAAUACAUCGAGCAAGAGCAGUUAAAGAUCAUUAGGGGGAGUGUCUCCAACGGCUUGUCACUGCUUCCUGUUUGUGCCACAGCUGUUCUCUGGGCUACAUCAAAUUUGAAGCCAAAAGAAUAGCCAGUUAUUUUUGUCAUGGAGUUUAACAGGGUGCACCUCUAAUGCAUCCCAAACAUAUUCUCCCUUACAACUCUGAGCUGCAAUGUCUGCUUAGAAUUAAUAUGCCACUCAGACUAAGUAACCAGUUUUAUAGAGACAUUACCUUACCAUAGAUAAAAUAAUUCAGCCAUCCUUAGGUGAAAGAAGAAACUGAGGCAUCAUCAGGAGUGAGAAAGGAGGAAAUGCACGGACUGUGCUUCAGAUAACACUCAUAUCCUGUUCUGCAGAAGGCCAAACCAGCCAGCUCUACUGGGAGCUCUCUGAAGACUGAGGGCUCUGAGGUCACAUCUCAAACGUCACCAGCCUGUUCCACGACCGUGAGGGUACAGGGCGGGAAAAGCUAAGCACAAGCCGCAGGAGGGAGACCAGUGACUGGGAAAGGUGGCGUCCCGCACCCCGAGCGCUUAUUAACACGUCAGUCUCCUGGCGGCUGCCGCACCCCUCCCGGGCCUUCGGCGCCGAGAGCCACCCGGCAGCUCGGCAGCCCGGUAGCCCGCCUGGGGAGGGGGCAGCUCCCCGCUCCCGCCGGCCGCCGCCGCUUCUCCUCAGCGGCCAGACGGCGGCCCCGCGCGCCCCUCCCGCCCCGCCACCGCGGAGAGGGGCGGGGCCGGCCGGUUGCUCUCAGCACCCGGGACAGCAGCGCGCGCCCCGGCGGCUGUUGCCAUGGCAGCCACGGCGGCGGCGGACCCCGCCCUCCCCCGCGCGCCUCGGUUGCCGCGGUGACGGCGACGUCGCGGUCAUGUCGGACCUGAGCUCGGAGCUGACCGAGGAGGCCGAGGCCGAUCUGGGGGAGUAUGAUGGUGAACGCAAUUCAGAAGGUGAGCGACAUGGACAUGGAAAAGCACGUCUCCCCAAUGGUGAUACAUAUGAUGGAGAAUAUGAACAUGGUCUCAGAAAUGGACAGGGGACCUACAGAUUUAGAAAUGGUGCUUGCUACACUGGAGGAUAUCUUCAAAACAAAAAGCAUGGCCAGGGAACUUUUUUUUAUCCAGAUGGAUCCAAAUACGAAGGAGGCUGGGUGAAUGAUCAGAGACACGGCUACGGAAAGUAUAUGUAUGCAAAUGGAGACACCUAUAUUGGAGAAUGGUUUAACAACAAUAGGCAUGGGCAAGGUACAUAUGUCUAUAAAGACACAGGAUCUAAGUAUGUUGGUGGUUGGGUAAAUGGAAACCAGGAAGGAGAAGCUGAACUUAUCCACCUAAACCAUAGAUUUAAGGGCAAGUUUUUGAAUGGAAAUCCUUUAGGUCGUGGCAAAUAUGUCUUUGAUAUUGGGUGUGAACAGCAUGGUGAAUACAUAGAAGCAGAACAGGAUAAAGGAGAAGAGGAGGAACCCUCAUUACUUGUCACACCAAAAUGGAAAGCAUCAGAAAUUACCAAAUUAACUCCUCAAGGGGAAAACACACCUUUUCCCAGAAAAACCUCCUUAGUGGUAGCAGCAGAAGCAGUGGAAGAAAGAGCAGCAGCAGCAGUAACUGAAGAGGAGAAAAUGCCAGCAACUACAGUCACUGAUGGGUCUGCUGAGGGUAGUGAUGAUGAGCCUUCCCUUCAUGAAGCAUCCAGGGAAGUUUUUAGCCCAGUAAAGUAUGCAGGAGAGGAAGAUGAGGGAAGCAGAGAAGAAGAAAACAAAGAUCAGGAGGAUCAAGGAACUACUGGUUUAGAGGAUAAGGAAGAUGAAUCAAAGGAAGCAGAGUAAUUGGACAGAACUAAAGACAAAGAGCCAAGAGUAAGCCUUUUAUUAUGGUAAACCUGCAUUAGUUUUGUUCAUAAAAGGCUGAGUUAAGAUGCUUUGAAUAAACAUUUCUGUCACUGUUCUGUCUGGAAUAUAUAUCUCUGCAACUUUUAUGAUCUCAAGCGUGUGCAGUAUCACGUGUAUGUGUGUGUGUGUUGCAGCUCAGUCACAUGUUUCUUAUUUACCAUAUAGCCUUCCUGAAGUUGUUCAGAGGAGACUCUCUACUGAUCAGGGUGAGGAAGCAGAUCUGUAAC